AUGGAUCUGACGAUGGAAAUGAAUUUCGACAGCAAAGAUCGACAAGCUUUCAAUUUUGGGGUAUGGACUUUUGCUAUCGCUGUUGGCCGAAAACCAAAUACUAACCGGGUUCUGGAUUCUAGCGUACGGUCCUUCGAUAACACCCGCAGCGAGACGAUCCAAUUUCACACACCUUUGACAUUGAUUGUCGGAUACAAUGGAUCAGGUAAAACAACAAUUAUCGAGUGUUUGAAGUACGCUACCACCGGCGAUCUCCCUCCGAACAGCAAAGGCGGCGCUUUCAUCCACGAUCCGAGAUUAUGCGGCGAAAAAGAGGUUCUUGCGCAGGUGAAGCUCUCCUUCAAAGGAACUUCUGGCGCUAAGAUGGUGGCUACGCGAAGCUUACAGCUCACGGUCAAGAAGACAACGAGACAACAAAAGACACUGGAAGGUCAUUUGAUGAUGAUGAAAAAUGGCGAGCGAACGGCUAUCUCAUCACGAGUAGCUGAGCUUGACCAGAUCAUGCCUCAGUACCUGGGUGUUUCUAAGGCUGUUCUCGACUCGGUCAUAUUUUGUCACCAAGAUGAGAGUCUCUGGCCGAUGAGUGAACCUUCCGUCUUGAAAAAGAAAUUCGACGAAAUCUUCGAAGCCUUGAAGUACACAAAGGCCAUCGACAAUAUCAAGGUGCUACGCAAGAAACAAAAUGAGGAGCUUGCAAAGUACAAGAUUAUGGAGCAGCACGCCAAAGAAGAUAAGGACAAGGCGGAUCGUGCAGAGAAACGAUCUGUUAAGCUCCAGGAUGAAAUUGAGGAAAUACGCGAAGAGACUCAGAACAUGUCCAAAGAGAUGCGCCGAGUUUCGGAUCUCGCUGACAAAGCCUGGAAACAAUCAGAGGGUUAUGCAAAGGUGCUUGGAGCACUUGAAGGCAGAAGAAUCCAGGCAGAAAGUAUCCAGAACACCAUCGACAACCUCAAAAAACACCUGGUUGAGCUCGAUGACUCAGAUGAGUGGUUGGAAUCUAACUUGGAGCAAUUCGAGACGAAGCAGUUCGAAUACCAGCAACAAGAAGAAGCUCAAAAGGAGAAUUACAUGGAGAUCAAGGCGCGCAUUGAACAGAUUCGGCGCAGUCUGGGCUUGAAACAGGCUGAAAAUGGAAAAUACGAGAACGACAAGGCCAACUUCGAGAGGCAGGUCCAAAAACGCCAAGAGAUGAUCAACGAAGUUGCGCGCGGAAACAAUAUUCGCGGCGUGACUGGGGAGAUGGACCAGGACGAUAUUGAUGCUUUCAUGCAGAAAGUCAAACGAUUUUUACGAGAGCAAAAUCAGAGCCUCGAUCGGGUGAAACGUGAAGCUCAGAAGGAGCUUCGUGAAGUUCAAGACACGCUCAAUGAAAUUGGACAGCGGAAGUCUGCUUUACAGGAAAGCAAGAAUGCUGCUAAAAGACAAAUUUCGAUCAAUGAAAGAGAAGCCACAAACUACCGGCGGAAACUCGAUGAAAUCGAAGUUGACGAAGGCGUCCAGGCAGCUCUAGAAGCCAAGAUUGAAGACAUCACCGCAAACCUCGACCAAGCCAAAGAUCGUACGAAGAAUGCUUCAUGGGACCAAGAAAUUCAGGCCCUCGACACUCAAAUCCACAAACUUGAAGAUGAAAAUUCGAAGCUGAAUGCUGAGUUGAUUGAGUCUACAAAGAAGGCUGGAGAGCUCGCUCGAUUGGAUCACCUCAAAAAGGAAAUCAAGGAGAGGGAAGGCAGCCUUCAAACAAUGAAAGGUGUCCAUGGAGACCGGCUUUUGAAGGUCGUUGGCGCAGACUGGCAACCCGAAACACUGGAGCGAGAGUUUCAGCGGGCAGUUGAGGCUGAAUCUAAGCAGGUAUCCGAUGCCGAGCGAGAUCGAGAUGGUGUUAGUCGAGAGCUGGAGCAGGUUGAGUUCAAACUCAAGAAUGCAAAGAAGACUCUCAAACAGCGACAAGAAGAGCUCGAAGAUUGUGUGAGAGAAAUCAAAGAAGCAGUCGAUGCAGAGCCUAACGACUACCCUGACAUCCUCCAAGAUCGGCAAGCGCACUACGAUAUCACGCGCAAAGAUCUUGAUCAAUACGCCGGUAUGGGCGAGUACCUCAGUAAAUGUCUUGAUGCAGCGAAGCGUGCCAAGGUGUGCCGUACGUGUCAGAGAGGGUUCAAGACCGACACCGAGUUCCAAACGUUCACUAAGAAGCUAGAAGCCUUGGUGAAGAAAGCUGCCAUGGAUGCAGACGAUGGUUCUUUGGAAGAACUCGAAAAAGAGCUACAAGUUACCCGCAGUGCAGGUGUAUAUUAUGACACAUGGGUCCGUCUUUCUGAAACAGACAUUCCGGAGAUCGAGAAAGAAGUGCAAGAAUUUGAGAGUCAGCACGAUCAACUUUCAGAUAAGCUUGAAGUUCAUGACAGAACCGUAAGCGAUAAGCAGGAAAGUAAGAAGGACGUGGAAGGCCUGACCAAGACGGUUACUACCAUUGCAAGAUAUGACGCCGAGAUCAAGACCAUUACCUCUCAAAUCCAGGAACUCGCAGCAAACCAAGAGGAUGCGUCUGCAAGUCGUACCUUGGAGGACAUCCAAGAUGAGAUCUCCGCAAACAGUGAAAAGGCGCGCGAGUUGAAAAAGACUCUGACCAAACUCACGAACGAAAGAGAGCAGACUCGAACCGAGAUGAAUAAACUGGAGCUUCAUCUGAAGGACGCUGAGGCCAAUUUGGUUAAUGCCAGACAUCAGCUGGAUAAGAAGACUGACUUGGUCGUUCGCUUGGAUGAGUACAAGAAACUCAAUUCGCAGCAGCGAGAUGCGAUCGAGAAAGCGGACCGAGACAUUGAGGGUCUAACGCCGGAGUUGCUUCAAGCUCAAGGUCGUUACGACGAUAUCAGCCAGCGGGCCGAGUCGCGUGAGCGAGAUCUGCAACAUGAUAUCACCCGUCUCUCCGAAAGUAUUCACCAGCUUGACUUGGCGAAUGAAGACAUCAAUUCAUACAAUGAGCGAGGAGGCCCAGAUCAGCUCAAACGAAGCAAGGAAGAACUAUCUGAGCUAGAGGCUGAAAUCAGUAAACUCGAGUCCGAACAAGGCGAGAUCACAAGAGAAAUUAACAAGAUCUCAGCUCAGCUCAUGGACAGCGAGAAUACAAAGCGCCAGUACUCAGAUAACUUGACCUAUCGCCAAUCUACAAGGGAUUUGCACAGCGUCGAGCAAGAAAUCGAGGAAUUGGAAGGGCAGAAUGCCGAGGUUGAUCGCAGCCGGUUUAAGCAGGAAUCGGAGCGCUGGACGCGAGAGCACAACGCCCUGGCUGCUAAACAGGCCAGCAAGAUGGGCGAGAUGAAAUCCAAAGAUGACCAGCUGAUGCAGCUUCUGAAGGACUGGAACACCGACUACAAAGAUGCAGCAUUCAAGUACAAGGAAUCGCACAUCAAGGUUGAGACAACCAAAGCAGCCGUGGAAGAUCUCGGCCGAUACGGUGGCGCCCUCGACAAAGCCAUCAUGCGAUACCACGGUCUGAAGAUGGAAGAAAUUAAUGCCAUUGUCAGCGAGCUGUGGCAGAAGACCUACCGCGGCACAGAUAUCGACACGGUUCUCAUUCGAUCGGAUAAUGAGAAUGCGAAGGGCAAUCGGUCAUACAACUAUCGAGUCUGCAUGGUCAAGCAGGGCGCUGAGAUGGAUAUGCGAGGCCGCUGCAGUGCUGGUCAAAAGGUGCUGGCUAGUAUCAUUAUCCGCCUUGCGUUGGCAGAGUGUUUUGGUGUCAACUGCGGAUUGAUUGCUCUGGAUGAACCAACCACCAAUCUGGAUCGUGACAACAUUCGCUCCCUGGCUGAAGCACUGCAUGAUAUCAUCAAAGCUCGACAGCAACAGGCGAACUUCCAGCUGAUUGUCAUCACACACGACGAAGAGUUCUUGCGGCACAUGCAAUGUGGAGACUUCAGUGACUACUAUUAUCGCGUCUCGCGUAAUGAGAGACAGAAGUCGAUAAUUGAAAGGCAGUCAAUUGCUGAGGUCAUGUAA